AGAAUAUCGCAGCACAAACAGUAGUAUAUAAUUGCCCUCUUUUUUCCGAUUCCAGAAACGAAGACGCUACGCUAACGUGCGCCUAUCACUCUCCCUCGACAAAUCCAUUAACGUUUUUCUCUGCUUCACCUCCUUUACUCAGGUCUGAUUUCCUUUUCAUUCGUCACUAUAAUCUCGUCGCCAUAGCUACUCUGCUCUAAACCUUGACUUAUUUCUCAUAUUUUCGAAUUUUUCGUUUUCAUGUUAAAAUUCAAUUUUUAGAAGAGGCGGAAGAGAAAGCCAUUGACAAUACCUGUAUUGGAGCUCAUUAAUUGAGAGGCAGGUCUAGUAAGUUUCUUCUGGUUACGUGUUAUUGACAAUUUUGUAUAGAUAUUACUGCUAUAGCUUCAAUUGCGAUGUGGAUAUGAAUUGUUAAUUCGAAGAUGAUGCGUUAAGUUUUUUUGUGAAAUAUGAGCUUUAAUAUCCUGAUAAUUGAGAAAUGGAAGGUGAUGAUUUGUCAAGUUCGAAGACUUUUCAUGUUAAACUAGGGUUACAGAAAGAUUUGUUGAAACCUAGGGUUGCUAAGAAAAUGGAGGGGGAGGAUAAUAAUCAUAGUAAUAAGAAGUCUGGAGCUAAGGAUAGAUCGAAACAGAUUCAGAUUGGUCUUGAUUCUGAUGAUGAUGAGCCUAUUAGGUCUUUAUUCAAGUUGAAGAGACCUAGAAAUCAUGUUAAGGUUAAGCCGGUUGUCGACAAGGUUGAAAUUAGGGAUGAGAAAUUGGUGGCUGGUGAUGGAGAUUUUGGGGGUUUGGAUGAUACAUUAGCAAGUAUUCGAAAGCGGUUGAAAGGUUGUAAGAAAGAUUUUGGAUCUGUUAGUGCUAGGCCUUUGGAGUAUAAUGAAGAUAAAGGCUGCAGCGAAGCCCUUAAAGAAAAAGUGAAAAAAAUGAAAAGCAAUGUUAAGAGAGACAAGACUAGGGUUGAUUCUAUGGUUAAUGGUUUUUCACAAAAAUUGGAGUCUGUGGUGGAAGAUCAUAAAGAGGAAGGCUCAUCACGUGGUGAGGGUUCAGGUAACUCGUCGGAUGAGAAGAUAGAAGACUCGUUAUCUUGUAUUUUCCAAAAGGUGCAACCUGGUCCUGCAAAGAAGUCUUGUAUGAAUUCAUGUCCGAAGCAGAACAAUAAGGUUCAGACUUUGGAGCAUGGUUCAAUCCCUACUUCUGAAUGUGUUUCAGACAUUACAAAGUCUUGGGAAGCAAAGACUCACAGAACUGCUUCCGCCUCAAAUGUGGCGUGCCAAUAUCUGAAAGUUGAAGAUGGUUGCAGUCUAGUUACUGAUUCACGUCCUUCAAAUUCUGUAUCCAAAGAUAGUAAGACACUGAAACACCAAAGGCUUGAUAAUGGCUUUUGCCAAGCUUCAAGUUGCAAGGAAGUGUAUGCUGAUAAAAAUAUGAAGUCCAGUCCUGACAGACUUGGUAGAUCUUCAGAAUAUAACUAUCAAUCUUCAGUCGCUCAUUGUAAUGGGAUUCAAGGUAAUAAAAUGCUGGAACUUGGUGCUGCAAAUGUUCAAGAGCGGCCUAUGAUGGAUCCCUGUAGCUCACAGAGAGCAUGUGAUGAGAAUUGGUUUGUUUCUGGUCAAGAGGAUAACUCGGAAAGUCAGUUCGUGAAGAGUGGUUCACAGCUUUAUUCUAUGGGAAAUGUAAGCGCUUUGGUUUACAAUGGUGUGAAACUGCCUGCUUCUACCUCUGUGAAGUCUGAAGAUGUCGCGGGGUUCAGCGAGCAUACUUUCAACAAAGAAACAAAGGAUGCAUGCGACCAGCUGUCCAAGGGAGUUUCAACUGUAUGCAUUUCAAAUGCCCAAAAUCAGAUUUCAGUUUCUUCAAGCAGAAAAGAACUAUUAUCACCUUUGGAUGAUGAGUUGUCGGACAAGCCAUGCAAAAUUUCAUCUAACAACAUCAGUAAUCAAGCUUAUGACAGAGUGUUAGAUGAUUCUCUGAAAGCUAACUCAGCUGCACUCCAUAUGAAGAAGGAUGAAGACGCUGAAAAUGACAAUCGGCUUGACAUUGUUUCACCAAAGAUUGAAGAUAGUUGUGGUGCUUGUAAUGGUCCAAAUGCUUAUGAUGAGAAGCUAUGUCCUUCUUCAGUUUCUCCCAAAAAGGUGAACUACGAAGGCAACUCCUUAGAGACUUAUGUUCAUCCAAACGUCCCUUCCAUCUCCAUCCACAAGUGCAUCCCUGUGCUUCAUCAACAUAUGCCUUCUGAUGACGCAAUGAAAGGAACUUACGUUGCAAGUCAAGAUUCCUUUAAUGAUGAGACUCCUCCAUCAGUAACUCCGGAUGAAAAUGAAAGUUUCCAUGAAGAUGCUGUAUCUAUUCCCGACUCAGAGAUUAAAGAUGGCAAAUCAUCAUCUGUUCAGCGUGGUAUAAGAAAGGCCAAAAAGCGUAGACUUGGGGACAUGGCUUAUGAAGGGGAUCCUGAUUGGGAGAUAUUGGUAAAUGAUCAACAUAAUCUGGAAACCGACCAGUUUGACAGUGACAGAGAUUUUAGAACAAGAGAGAAAUCUGAUUCAUCUUCAGUUAGUGCUACAGAAGGUGAAAAUGGCGGGGCAGCAGCUGUGUCAGUUGGACUGAAAGUCCGUGCUGCUGGUCCUGUGGAGAAGAUAAAAUUUAAGGAGUUCUUAAAACGAAAAGGUGGGCUUCAAGAAUAUUUGGAGUGCAGGAAUCAGAUUUUGAGUCUUUGGAGUAAAGAUAUUAGCCGUAUACUGCCUCUUACUGACUGUGGUGUCACAGAUUCUCCUUCCGAGAAUGAAUCUUCACGCACUUCCCUAAUUAGGGAAAUCUAUGCAUUCCUUGAUCAGAGUGGCUAUAUAAAUAUGGGGGUUGCUUCCAGGAAAGAGAAAGCAGAACCCAACAUGAAGCACAAUUAUAAACUUCACAAAGAAAAAGCUUUCGAGGUGAAUCCUGGCGCAUCAGUUGCUGAUUUGGAGGAUGGAGUCUCCUUUAUCCUUGGUCAAGUUAAAAGCUCGGAAAUUCCUUUGGAGGCAAAUAAUGGAGUUACAAUUGAUGAAAAUCAGACAUCAAACGCUACGAUUAAGCAGGAGCUUUGUACGCCAGUGAAACUGGAUGUAUCCAAUGUAUCAGAAUACAGAGAAUUUGUAGCUGUUGAUAUUCAGCAAACUAGUACGGUGGAUGAAAAAUUACGCAAUGGACUGGCCGAUUUGGAUGAUGCGUGUGCUGAUUCAUCGUGUGCAACGCUGGAGAAUACGACAGGUGCAAUAACUCCAGAACUGAGGAAUGACGUGCAAAGUGUUCAAUCAUCUUCUUGUGAUUAUACUAGGGGAGAUUGUAAUUUUGUGUGUGAUUCAGAAGGCAGGAAGAAAAUUAUUGUGGUAGGAGCUGGUCCUGCUGGCUUAACUGCUGCACGCCACUUGCAACGGCAGGGUUUUUCUGUCACUGUCCUUGAGGCUAGGAGUAGGAUAGGGGGUCGUGUUUAUACAGAUCGCUCAUCUCUUUCAGUUCCUGUAGAUCUUGGGGCUAGCAUUAUUACUGGUGUUGAGGCUGACGUGGCAACUGAAAGAAGGCCAGACCCUUCCUCACUGAUCUGUGCUCAGCUAGGCCUUGAGUUGACAGUUCUAAAUAGUGAUUGCCCUCUUUAUGACAUUAUGACGAGAGAAAAGGUUCCCAUAGAUCUGGAUGAAGCUUUGGAAGCAGAGUACAACAGCCUACUGGAUGACAUGGUGUUGCUUAUUGCACAGAAAGGGGAACAUGCAAUGAAAAUGUCUCUGGAAGAUGGUUUAGAAUACGCCCUUAAAAAGCGUCGAGCGGCACGAUCUGGGACAGAUAUUGAUGACUCUGAAGUCAAUGCAUUCGGAGAUUUAAAUGGUUCAAAAAGUUGCAGUGAUUAUGGUGGAGUUCACGAGACAAGUUCUAGAGAGGAGGUUUUGACUCCUCUUGAGAGGAGAAUCAUGGAUUGGCAUUUUGCUCAUUUGGAGUAUGGUUGUGCUGCUCUGCUGAAGGAUGUAUCACUUCCCUACUGGAAUCAAGAUGAUGUUUAUGGAGGAUUUGGAGGAGCUCAUUGUAUGAUUAAAGGGGGUUACAGUAAUGUUGUUGAGUCUCUAAGUGAAGGGCUCCCCAUUCACCUGAGUCAUGUAGUCACAGAUAUUUCAUAUAAUAUGAAGGAAACUGGAUUAAAUGAAAGUCAAAACGACAAAGUUAAAGUGACCACAUCUAAUGGUAGUGAGUUUCUGGGCGAUGCUGUGUUGGUCACAGUGCCACUUGGGUGCUUGAAAGCGGAAGCCAUAAAGUUUAAUCCUCCAUUACCCUCGUGGAAGUGUUCUUCCAUACAGCGAUUGGGUUUUGGAGUUCUUAACAAAGUAGUUUUGGAAUUCCCAGAAGUAUUUUGGGAUGAUUCUGUGGAUUACUUUGGAGCUACUGCUGAGGAAAUGGAUAAAAGAGGCCAUUCCUUUAUGUUUUGGAAUGUUAAGAAAACAGUUGGAGCUCCUGUUCUUAUAGCCUUAGUGGUUGGUAAGGCAGCGGUCGAUGGCCAAAAGAUGAGCUCAUCGGAUCAUGUAAGCCAUGCAUUGAUGGUUCUUCGUAAGCUUUUUGGGGAGGCUGCAGUACCUGAUCCAGUAGCAUCAGUGGUGACUGAUUGGGGUAGGGAUCCCUUUAGCUACGGUGCUUACUCCUAUGUUGCUAUUGGAUCAUCUGGAGAAGACUACGAUAUUUUGGGAAGGCCUGUUGGUAACUGUGUAUUUUUUGCUGGUGAGGCUACCUGCAAGGAGCACCCUGACACUGUUGGUGGUGCUUUGAUGAGUGGGCUCCGCGAGGCAGUACGUAUAAUUGGCAUACUGAAUAAUGGCAAUGAUUACACAGCAGAAGUAGAGGCAAUGGAAGCUGCAGAGAGGCAAACAGUGUGUGAAAGGGAUGAAGUUAGGGACAUUACAAAGAGACUUGAGGCGGUGGAGAUUUCCAAUUUCCUGUACAAGAAUUCCUUGGAUGGUUCCCAGAUUGUGUCCAGGGAAAAUUUACUACGCGAGAUGUUCUUUACUGCUAAAACUACUGCUGGACGAUUGCAUCUGGCCAAGAAGUUGUUGAAUCUUCCUGUUGGAACUUUGAAGCUUUUUGCUGGGACCAGAAAAGGACUUUCCACAUUAAAUUCAUGGAUGCUGGAUUCAAUGGGGAAGGAUGGGACUCAACUCUUGCGUCAUUGUGUUCGGCUCCUUGUACUUGUUUCAACUGGUUUACUAGCAGUGCGUUUGUCAGGCAUAGGGAAAACUGUGAAAGAAAAAGUUUGUGUGCAUACCAGCCGUGAUAUACGUGCCAUAGCAAGUCAGUUGGUUACUGUGUGGCUUGAAGUCUUCCGAAGAGAAAAAGCUUCAAAUGGUGGACUAAAGCUAUUGAGGCAUGCGACUGCAAUGGAUUCCUCAAAGAGAAGAUCUGUCAACAACCCAGCCUCAGGAAAGCCUCCUUUGCGCUCUCAAUAUGGUGGAAUGGAUACUAAAGGGAGCUUAGAGGUUCCUCCAUCUUUUGGAAGCCAUUUACCUUCUAAUGCGAACAUGAAGAGAGCGGAUGGAAAGCUGAUGAAGGUGGAAACCUCAAAGGACUGGCAAUGGCAAGCUUCAUCUCGUACUCCUGAGGUAGAGGAGAAGAACAAAUAUGCCAUGUCUGAAGAAGAAUUGGCUGCCGUAGCUGCAGCCGAGGCAGCCCAAGCGGCCGCUCGUGCAGCUGCAGAGGCAUAUGCAUCUUCAGAAGCCAAAUGUAGUAACGUGCUGCAGCUGCCAAAGAUACCUUCAUUUCACAAAUUUGCUAGACGAGAACAAUAUACACAAAUGGACGAUUAUGAUAGUAGAAGAAAGUGGUCUGGUGGUAUCCUGGGAAAACAGGAUUGUUUAUCAGAAAUAGAUUCAAGGAACUGCAGAGUCAGGGAUUGGUCUGUUGAUUUUGCUGCUGCGUGUGUCAACCUCAAUAGCUCUAGAAUAUCGGUUGAUAACUUAUCUCAAAAGAGCCAUUCAAAUGAGAUUGCAUGCCAUAUGAAUUUCAAGGAGCAAUCUGGAGAAAGUGCUGCUAUGGACAGCAAUAUUUUUACUAGAGCAUGGGUCGAUUCUGCUGGUAGUGACGGGAUAAAGGAUUUUAAUGCCAUUGACAGAUGGCAAUCUCAAGCAGCUGCAGCUGAUCUAGACUUUUUCCACCCAACAGUACAUAUAUUAAAGGAUGAAGAGGAUUCUAACACAAGUUCAAAACCACAAACUCGGAAGCAUAAUAGCCGAUUAAAUGAGAGUUCAAUCUCACAAGUUACUUUAAACAAGGAGUCAAAGACAAGUCAUCAUCGAGGGGCAGAUCGUAUUAAACAGGCUGUUGUGGAUUUCGUUGCAUCACUCCUGAUGCCCGUUUAUAAGGCAAGGAAAAUUGAUAGGGAAGGAUACAAAUCAAUAAUGAAGAAAACUGCUACCAAGGUCAUGGAGCAAGCUACUGAUGCAGAAAAAACAAUGGCUGUUUCAGAAUUUCUUGAUUCCAAGCGCAAGAACAAGAUUCGUGCCUUUGCGGACAAAUUGAUUGAGAGGCACAUGGCAAUGAAACCAACUGUGGAAUCUUGACACUCCUCACGAUUCACUGGCUUUCUUUUUUGAAUGCGCUUCUGUGACAAUUAGAGAAGUGCAUUAUGUGCCUAUUGCAUGAAUCCACAGCAUAGAUGGUGGCUUGGAUUUCCUGAAAUGGGGUUGUGGUGUAGAUAGUUCAAAUUCAAACUAUCAAUAUCCUGUUAAGGAUCCAGAAAUUGCCAUGGAAGAAACAAGGUGGUUCCUGUAGCCUGUUGGAUGCAAGGGCUUCGGUGAAGAUUGCUUGCUGUUUGGUCCUUCUGAAGAUAUUGCCCGACAUUGAUCAUGCAUAAGUGUCAGAUCUGCUCUUGGUGUGCUAUGAGGCUGAAGGGGCUUAAGAAAAGUGUUGUAUUGCGAGUUAUCCAGAGCAUGAACAUCAGGACAUUUUAAAUCAGAUUAGUAAUCAGUUCAUCAUCCAUCAGCAUUGUCCUUUGGGUGGAGAGCUGAUGCCCAAUUUUUCUUAUUCAGGGACAUCAUAGACUAGACAGUAGUUGUUGCUGACUCUCUUUUUAUAUACAUGUGUACAGCUUAGGAUGAUUUCAUGGCGGGAAGAUACAGAACAUUCUCUUUCUCCAAAAAGUACCUAAAAAGUACUUCCUAAUUUUUAAAGUGAACAAAUUACUAACAUUUUUUCUCAGUUAUGAGAAGUUUAAUUUAAGCAAGCUGUUUCUGAACA